GCUGGUCCUCGGCUCUGCUGCGGCCGUCGUCCUCCAGGUCGCGGGAGGUGUUUUCGGGCUCAUCUUCGCCCGGGCCAAUUCGGCCCGGAGGCAGGGGUCGAAGUAUGAAGUUUCGGGGGGCUAGAGCUCCCGGUUCCAAAGCCUGGAUAGGCUCCCAUGCUUAGAAGAUGGCAUUUCAUUCAUGGAAAUUAAAACAUAAUACUGAGCGCAAUCCUGCAGUAGAUUUAAAGAAGGAAGAUUUGCCGAAACCUACCUAUUUCUCUGACAGAGUCAUUUAUGAAAGCAAAGAACUGGAAAAUGAAGCCGAAGAGCUGGAGCAUGAGGCCAAAGACGUGGACCUUAAAGCCGAAGAGCUGGACCAUAAGACCAAAAAGCUGGACCAUAAGGCCAAAGAGCUGGACCAUGAAGCCAAAGAGUUGGACCGUUGCACCAAAAAGCUGGAACAUUGUGCCCAAGACCUGGGUCAUCGCACCCAAGACCUGGGUCAUCACGCCCAAGAGCUGGGUCAUUACUCCCAAGAGCUGGACAUUGACACCCAAGAGCUGGAUGUUGACCCCAAGGAGCUGGAUGUUUACACCAAAGAGAUGGGCCCUAAGACCCUACUGCUGGACCCUGAGACUGAAUGGUUGGUCCUUGAGGCUGAGAAGGUGGACCGUGAGACAGAAGAGGUGGACCAUAAGGCAGAAGAAGUGGACCAUAAGAACCAAGAACUGGAACACGCAGCCGAAGAGCUGGACCCUAAGCCUGAAGACCUGGGCCCUGAAUCUGAAGACCUAAGAGAGUGCCUUGGUAGGAAGGGUGGCUUGCCUUCUGACCAGGCUGUGAUGGUGCCCUGCACGUUAGCCAUCUCCUUGGCCUUCCCAGUGGAUACUGGUACCAAAAAGCACCUGCCUGAAGUGGAAAGUAGCAAGUUACGUAGAGUAUUUCAACCGAAACAGCCACGUUUCUAUCACAUAGAAUAUUUCCUUCUACCAGAGGAUGAGGAGCCCACACGUGUUGAUUUGAUGCUCUUCACCAAGAUGGCCAGAUUGUUCUUUGAGUCUGAAGUCCAGGUAAGAGAUAAAACAAUGAACCCAGAGCAGCGGAAGUCCAGCCGACCGUCAUUGAUUGUCGCAACUGUGAAACCAUGGUAUGAAAAUGAUCAAAUAUGGGUAUCAUGGAACCAUACUUUCAAGAUGAAUGUUACAAAUGCCUUUUUGAAAAAGCUACUCUAUCACAAAAUAAUCCUAAAAAUAUGGGAUUCCAAGGACAAAGUUAAUCCAAAGGUUACGUGUAAUAGACCAAGAAUUUCUGAACAGCUGGAUGAACUUGACUGCACUGGAGUGGAAUGUUUAGUUUCGAAGCAAAGAGAACUUUUUGAACAGCAGGAGCCAAAGCCCAGCGUUGUUAAAAAGAAAGAUAGUAACGUAUUCUGUCAGCCGGGUAAAUUUUCAAGACACCAUAGCGCUGUAGAGAACAAGGCUGUAUCCAAGGAAGCUAAAGAAUAUGCGAAUGAAUCGACUCAUCCUUCCAGUGCCAAGACUGUUACAUCCUUGACUAUGAAGGCAGAUGACUUAGCAGUUAUUCGUAGGAAUGUUUCUAAAAGCUCAGUUGCUAAAAAGAAAAGUUUGAUUUUUAUCGACAUAAAAAAAGGAUCAGGUUUUAGCCGGUCAAAGCGGCAAAAGUCAGUUACAAAGAUUAACAAGCAAAAAGGUAUCCUGCGAUCUUCAUUGAAAAGUAAAAAGAUUCAGCAUCGAAAUUGGCUACUGUAUGAAACACUGAAUGAACAAAUCAUGAAGUCACUGCUGCCGAAGACACAGACUAUCUUGUUUAUGCAGCUGGUGCUCAUGCCUCUUUUUGCUGGGAAAAGAUACGUUGUUUGUCGCCUGCCUGAGAAAUGCGCCAAAAUUACAGAUUGUUUCCUGAGUUUCACAACCGAGACUCCUCUCAUGACUGAGAAGCAAAAGCAGGAUUUAAACCCUCUGGUUAUCGAGAUCAAGUCUGUCAAGUGCCUCCCGCUCUCCCACGUACCAGUCACCAAACUACAGGAAAUGUAUGUUCCUGUGUACUGUAAAUACCAAUUUCAUAAUGCUCCUCCUCAUCAGACUCGUGGACAAGCCCAUGGAACCCAUGUUUAUUUUCAGGAUGUCAGUGUGGUCCUAGCAGGGACCAUCGAUCCUCUUGAGCUGCAGGAAUACCUGGAGGGGCCACCAAUGGAGGUGGAAAUCCAUGACAGAGACAGAAAAAGAGAGGUGUAUACAAAGAGGCCUUCAUUAUUUGGAGAGGAGCUGGACGAUGACAAACUGAGGGAUGUGAAUCUUGUUGCCUUCAAUCAACAGCGAAGAAACACGUGGGAUCCUUAUGGGAUUGCUAAAGUCAGUCUGGCUGACUUACUUCUUGGACAAACGUUUGUAAAUAUCUUUGUGGCCAUUCAAAGAUGCCAGCUUCCUGAUCCAGGACGCUACCCAAAGAAACACAGGGAUAGGAGGAUUUCAGGAGCUCAGGCAUUUGCCGUUGGCCCAUGGGCUUCCCCAGUGCCUCCAGACUGUUAUUUAGAGUCAAACUCGCUUCUUAAGUUGAGAGUAGAAGUUGCAGUUCCACUUAGGGCAGGAGCAGAGCUGGAGGAUGGUAAAAUGGCCGGUAGACAGUUCGGCCGCAUAAUUUACACUUUUGAUUCUGGAAAAACCACCAUCUUGCAUGAUCUGCUGCAGAGUAUCAUAGAAAUCAAUGCCAAAGAGUUUGGCUUGGAUAUCUAUUCUGUUCAAGAUAUGCAGGAGGAACUGGCAAGUAUUAAGAUGCCAUUUAGAAUGAAGAGAAAUCCUAACCUGAAUGUGAUUACUGGCUUCCACUUAUUGGAUGGGAAGAUUCACCUUCUUGUUUUGGAGGGGCUGAGAGAUCAAGGAAUAAAGAAACUGUGGGAGAGACAACUGGAUCAAACUCUGAAAACGGAUGGUGGAAAACUGAAAAUUCUGUAUAACUCACAGCUGUCAUUUCAGCGGCGCUUAUACCCAGAUCUGGAUGCUCUCCUGUUUCGAAUCCACCUCUGCAAACCUCUGGCCAGUUUAAUGAAAGAGUCAAAAUUUCAUAUCAGGCGUAUGGUUCCUCGAGCAUGUUUCCAAGCUUUAACCAGGCUUUAUUGCAUCUAUCAGAGUACGAAGUUCAAGGAUGUUAUACAAGGAGACCUAUUGCCCUCAUCCACAAUGAUCAAACGCUUAAGCCGGGAAUUCACGAUUCCAAUUGAAGGAGAAAAUUUAGCCAUUCACAAGCCUCUGCUGCCAAGCAACGUAUCACUGGCUUUAGAGAAAGAAAAAACUCCGACUAAAUCACACCUACCAUGUUCCGAACCAGAAGACCAUCAAAAGAAGUAUGAAAAAUGGAGUAGGAACAUGGUACGGAAUAAACAGAACUAUGUGCAGAAGAACAUUGAAGCUGUCCCUCAAAACCAGAAAGCAUUGCCAAGGACUGAAAUAAUCAGGCUUUUUCCUACUGAUGGCAAGUCAGUCUACAAUUACAGUACCCAAAACCUGAACUCUUCUGAGCUUGCAAAGCAGCAUCUCUGUCGGAAAAUGGCCAUGGAACCAGGGAAGCGGUUCACUUAUUCUCAGCAUUACUUGUCAGCCUCCAUAGAGCCUGUAAAGUGGGAAGCUGAGUGGAAAAAAUCCAGAGCGAAGACCAAGCAUACCUGGCUCAUAUCAAAGAGCUUUCAGCUUCUAGGAUUUCAGAAGAAGAGUGAAUCUAAACUUCUCCCUAGUAUUCCACCAACGAGUCCAGUGAAAGUAUCAACAGAGCGCCGUCUGGAGGCUAAUCUGAAUGUCAACAUCUUGAAGUCUGGCCCGGAUCAGGAAAAGCACUUAAAUAUCAAUCUUGACAAGCCUUAUUUACUCACUCCACUUGGCUCUUCCUCUUUUCACUCAAAAGGAGUUGAAUUGAGAGAUGAGCACCAUAAAGGCCCAGUGAAACAUCAAAAUAUCAACCUGAAAAGCAGCCAGAUAAAAUGUUUGAGGGGGCAUCAGGAAAAGCUAGUGAGAUUUGAAGAUGAGCCAAAGAACUCUAAUCUGAAAAAAUGUUUCUUCCUGAAGGCCAACCAACCUCUGUCAGAUGAAUACGAACCGCUUGACCGUUCAGGAGGCAAGGAGACAGAGGAAAUAAGGAGAAGCUGUGCAAGUGGCUCUUCUCUAAGCAAGCUGACCAACCAAGGUUCCAAGUGUAAUGAAAGUACAGUGUCCCAGCAGAACACAGAACAGAAGACACAUGAAGGGCACACAGGAGAUUCCAAGAGAUAAACAUGACAGGGUGAAGAGAUGAUGGGCCCCCUCCUGCUAGACUUCCCAAAUCAUCUACUGCAUGGACAGGAGGAAAUAUUCUAGGCCCUGUUCUCAGCUGCCCCCAAGAACUUGCACCACUCCUCACAGCUGACAGCAUACCACCAGCUGCUACUAUCAUUCAUGGUCAGGUUACAUGGUUUAAAUGUUGGUGUUCUCAUUCAUUUGUUAUUAAGGCCUCACCAAGGAUGGUUAUUUGUAAAUUGACUAAGUCCAUUUGGCAAUGAUAAUUUCUUUGGGGGUUCAACUAUAACUAAAACAAAAAACACAUGUGGGGGAGGGGAUCAGGUUUAAAAAAUGCUAAAGAGCCACACCCUAUUUGUACCCACAUAAGUUUAUAGUAAUUUUUACCAGCUUGUCAAAGGUAUCUUUUAAAGUGUCUUCCUUCAUGAUGUUUUUAUCAAAAGUGCUGCUCUCCUACUGCUUUGUUUCCAGCGUGCUUAGUUAUGAACAGCCCUUGGCUUACAAGAGAAAAAAUGAAACUGUUGAAGAUUUUGCUUUGCCCUGCUUACCCCCAUUGGUUAUACCUUCUGGGACAGUUUACCUGAUAUGGUGUAGAACAUUGGUGAGAUGGUAAAAGCUAAAAAUUGUAGCAAGAAAUUACUUCUUGCUUAAUCCUGGGUGUUGAUUUUUUGGAUUCAAAUGUGUAAUACAGAUCAAGCAAAGUGAUACAAGUUUUAUCUAACUAAGGUUGCUGUGGUAAAGAUAAAAAUAAAACAUACUUAAAGACGGUACUGAGUAGGCUGUGAAAAAGAGGCUCAGCUAGAUUAAGGGUUUUAACUAGCAUCAAUUUUGAAUAGUCUCGAUAGAUUACACACCCCCUCUGACUAAUAGAGGCAGGUAAGUACCUCAGCUGUGGCACACACUUUGCUCACAAGGUAACCAGCCACUCCACAGUGCCUAGGUUCUACAGUUUUUCCAACCUGUGGUAGCAGACAGAAGGGGAGGGGUGUUACUGCAGCAUGAGACAAGAGUGAUAGUAUUCAUAUUUAAUCAAGCAACUAGCACUAAAACUACACUGUUAACUUUAAUCCAUUAAGGAAGGUGUAGAGGACUAGAGAGAUAGUGAGAUCUUCAACUAUGAUCAUACGCACAACCCAAGCAUGUAAAGGUUUGGGCUGGGACUGUCUCGGGUAGAUGACAGGAACUGGAGUAGCAUUGGGCACCCUCAUUCUCUGGUGAUGUAUUAUGGCACCCCAGCUUGGAAGUAAAUUGAGGGCACGGUGCCAGGCAUGCUGAGACUUGACUCCAGAUACAUUAGUGUCAUCCUGGUGACUGUCUAGUUUGGAAUAGCUAUUAAAAAGGCCUUCCCGUGCCCAAAGUAAACCUGGCAAUUUAGUUAAUAUGCAAAGUAGAUAUACAGGGGCUUGGUGGGUUGAAUGGUAAUUUUAGAGCUGAGCUGUUAUAACACAACCAAAAUAACUUUUUCACUAACAGGUUUUGGGUUUUUUUGCAGGAAAGUUUAGUUUAGGAUGAAGUUAAGAUACAUAGGGGCUGGGUGUGUUAAAUACUAACCUUAGAGCUGAGCUGUUUAGCACAACCAGAAUUACUUUUUCACUAAUUUUUUUUGGAGAGUUUAGAGAGUUUUUAGAAGAGUUUAGUUUAGGACAAAAUAAAGUUCUUUGAACCCUUUUUGCUCAAAGCUGUUCAAUGAAUAUUGCAGAAAGAGUUUCUAUGUGAACAGGGGGUGGGGUUUUACCUUUUCAUCCUAAUUAAUCCUUUAGCUAGAAGGACUCUUGGACCUCUACCAGGAGACACAUGGAAGCAACUGCUGAGAAAAACCAUCAGCUGUUAAUCAAGAUGUCAUUAAAUCCAAGUUUGAGCUACACCCCUCUUCCUUCCACCCCCUACCUAAUACCUUAGUUUGGAGUUAUCACCCAUUAGUAUUUCAGUGAGUUAGUAGAGGUGACAUGUUAUUUAUGAUAUUUUAUUACUACAAUUUCAGGUUGUAUAAUAAGUUUUAAGUGAACCAUUCCUUUAACUGCCUAAGGAAAAGCAAGGGGGUGGAAAGUAGAGAGGCAAGGAGAUCAGAAAAGAUGAUAAAUUCUCAAUAGUAAGCACUUUGAUUCAUAAAAUCUGAUCAAACUGCAGCAGCCUUGGUACUAGAGAACCUCACCCUUUACCACAGUUUUUCCUCUGCUUCUUCUUUUAAGUGUAAUUAACUAAUUAUCUGUACACCAUUAAUACUAACACAAAGUAGCUUAACACCUUGCUUUCUGUAAAGAAACCAGGCAGAAAAGGCAAUG